AUGAGUAGAGGUCAGUCGUAUUUCAUCAUCAGUCUCAUUAGAAACCGAACUCGACAGAACCAUCCUAAUUCCCAGAUACGGACUCUAACCGUCGAGUCUCGAGAUAGCGAAUCGAAGCCCGAUGAGCAUAAACCGGCGCCGGCGGUGAGUUAUUCGGAAAUGGCUAAAACCGUCUCCACGAUCAUGAGAGAGAGACAGAAAUGGGAACAGACUCUGGUAUUCGAUUUCCCGUCGUUUAAUUUCGCAGAUCCUCUGUUUCUCCGAGAAUUGUUGAAAUCUCAGAGCAAUGUUCUCUUCACUCUCUGGUUUUUCCGAUGGAUUUGCUCGAGCUUCGAUUACAAACCUGAUCAUGUAUCGUUAAACCUUCUCUUCGGUGCUCUUCUGGAUGCAAGAGCAGUCAAAGCCGCGAAAAGCUUCCUCGAGACUACCACUGGUUUUAACCCAGAGACGAAGCUGUUAGAGCGAUACGUGACGUGUCUCUGUAGAGAAGGUUUGGUUGACGAAGGUAUUCAAGUGUACACUCUACUGAAAGAGAAGGGAGCUAAACCUUCGGUUGCAACCUGCAAUUCGGUUUUACUAGGUUGCGUGAGAGCGAGGAAACUCGAUCGCUUCUGGGAGCUUCACAAGGAAAUGACGGAAUCCGAAAUCGAUCUCAAGAGGAUUCAGUAUUUGAUUCAGGCUUUGUGCGAUAGUGGAGAAGUCUCACAAGGCUAUGAGCUUAUGAAGAAGGUUUUGAGACAAGGGCUUGAUCCAGGACACUUUGUUUACGAGAAGUUGAUCUCUGCGUUCUGCAAGAUUGAGAAGUACGCUUCCAUGUCAGAGAUUCUCCACACGAUGAUUGCGUGGAAACACUUCCCGAGUCUCAGCACGUACCAUGAGGUCAUUCAGGGGCUGUGCAAGAACAAGAAGCCGCAAGAGGCUUACCGUGUGUUCAACAGCCUCAAGGAGAGAGGCUAUGCGCCUGAUGUUGUCUUGUACACCACGAUGAUUCAUGGGUUGUGUGAGAUGCGGAGGUUCGGGAGAGCGAGGAAGCUGUGGCGUGAGCUGAUGAAGAAAGGGAUGCGACCGAACGAGUUCACUUACAAUGUGAUGAUACAUGCUCAUUUGAAAAGAGGCGAGGUCGUGCUUGCUCGGAAGCUUUACGGUGAGAUGGUUAGGAACGGGUAUGGAGAGACGACGGUUAGCUGCAACACGAUGAUCACUGGCUUCUGCUCGUUUGGGAGAUCGGAGCAGGCGUUGGAGUUUUUCAAGAAGAUGGCUGAGAGAGGGGUUAAACCGGAUGCGAUCACGUAUAACGCUUUGGUUCAAGGGUUUUCCAAGGAGAAUAAGGUUGAGAGAGUCGUUAAGCUGUUCAAGGAGCUUAAGGAGUUAGGUUUGAAACCUUCUGCUAGGACUUAUGCUGCAUUACAACAGUUGAGGAAUCGGAAGAUGUGUGAUUCUGUUGCAACUUCUUUGAAUGAGAUUCUGGAGAUUGCCUGA